AUGGCUUUAGAAACACAAGAUAAAAAACUAAUCCUCAAAUCCCAGUUAGCUGAAAUCCAACAAACUAUCUUAGCAGAUAAAAAAAGAAUAGAAGAAGAAACAAUACGUUUACAAAAUGAAGCAAAAUUAAAAUUAAAAGAUUUAAUGAAUGAGAUUGAGCACUGGAACAGAAAACAACUUCAAGAGUUACAAGACAAAAAAGAAUCUAUAGAAAAAGAAAUCUCGAAGUUUAUUUUUAACUUAUCAACCGAAAAUCAAACCUCUACAGAAAGUCUGUGUACUUCUUAUAUAAAUGAUAGAAAUAGUAAAUUUGAAAAAUUUAUUAAAGAAAAUGAUUCAAUCAAAAUAAUAUUUGAAGAUACUGAAUUUGUUGUUGAAACAAAAGUUAUUGAACAAAUUCCUUUUCUUGCUCAUUUAGCAAGUGAGUCAUCUGAUGGUAAUGAAUUAUAUAUAUUUAGAAGUGGGAAAUAUUUUAACUUUAUCAAAGAAUAUAUUUUAUCUAGAAAAUUAUUAAUUAACGAAACCAUAACUCAAGCCGAACUCAAAAAAAUUGCAAAAGAAUUUCAGUAUUAUGAACUUCCAUGGAAACAAAUUAAUGAAUUUAUUUCGUGUAGCUACACUAUUCAAAAUAUACCAACUCAUGGAAUUAACUAUACUAUUAAAGGUAAUGUAAUACAUCCAACAGAUGAUAGUUGUUCAUUUAUUCAAUUUAAUAAAGAUAUUAUAGGCAUUAAAGUGAAAGUUUUAGAUAUUGGUAAUUACAUUGACUCUUCUUGUUUCUCAAUUGGGUAUUGUCCUUUUAUAACUAAAAUACCAUAUUUAGGAUAUGACGGUUAUUUUCUUAAAAAGAAUGGUGAAAUUAAAACCUCUCUUCAAGGAUUUUCAUCUUCCUUUAAUUUCUGUUACCAAAUAAAAACAAAUGACUCUAUCAGAUGUGUUUUAAAUGAUACAGAAAGAAUGUUAUUCUUUCAAAUUGAUGAAAAAGAAUAUUCAAUUAACUUUGUCGAUACGAGUAUCAAAUUGUAUCCAACAAUUAUUAUGAAGGGUAUUGACCAACAAAUAGAAGUUGAAACAAUUUACACUCCAAUUCUUUAA